AUGAGUUCAGAUGUUUCAAUAAAUGAUAAUUAGCUAAGUUAGCUAUCAAAUAUGAUCUAAGAGAAUAAAAUCAGAAAAGCUACUCUAACAUAAUAAGGAGACAAAGACAAGUCCUUUUAGAAAUUGGAAAGUAAUGAAAGAAUCUCAAUAAGAAACGAAGAAAAGAGUUAAUAGGAAACUAAAAAAGAUCUCUAUAACAUUAAGGAGGAUCUAUCAGAUUCAGAAGAUGAAAAUAAGCAAAGCAAAUAAAAUAUUUCAAAAAAGGCAAAUAGGAACGCGCAUAGCAAUAGUAGAUUUGACAAAUCAUAAAGUUAAAAAGAUGCUGAGAGAGCGAAGAAUUCAAAUAAAAGAGCUUAUGAGUUUUAUAGAUCUAAUUAAACUAGAAAAGAAGAUAUAUUUUUAGGGUAAAAAGAUUAGAGUAAAAAGUUGAUUGAUAAGCAAGCCACAAUAGCAAAAAAAGUAGAUGAGAUUUAAUCAAAAUUAAAGAGCAUAGAUAUUGAAAUGAAGAAUAAAAAAGUUUCUGACUCUAAUGUUAAUUAUUAAGACGCUUAUUUUACAAUGCAAAGGGAAAAUAGCGAACUUAAAAAAGAAUUAUAAGCAAUAUAAUUGGCUAAAUCUGUUGUUGCUUCAAAAAACAAAGAUAAAAAAUUAUAGAAGUCUAUUGGUAAUGAAACUGUUGCAACUAGAGAUAGGAAAAAAGUAUCUGACUUGCUUAAACUUGUUGAUAUGCUGAAAAAAUAGCUUUAAGAAAGUGAAGAUAGAAUGAAGACUUAUUAAAACCUUCAUAAAUCAGUAUUAGCUUAAUCUCAAUUUCAAGCAUCUAUGGCUAAUCCAGAAAAAAGCACUGCUUAUUUUAAUGGGUAAAGAGAAAUAAAUGCAAAAAUGUAAGGAAUGGCAGCUAAAAACGACGAAUUGGUUUCGAAUAUGUCAGCUUUAAAGUAGUAAUUAAAGGCCUGUAAAUAAGAGAACGCUCAAUUAUUAAUAGAAUUAAAAUAAGCAAACGAUAAGAUUGUUAGCUUAGGAAAAGAAAAUAGAUCUUUGCAACUUUGUGCAGAAAGUGCAGACGAAUAUUAAAAGUAGAUUAUUGAUUUAAAAAAGUAGAGAGAUAACACAGAGCUUAGACUUAAAGAGCUGCUUUCUUCACCAUUUUUUAAAGAUCAUGGUGAAAAAGCUCAAAAAUAUGCAAGAAUGCAUGAAUUGGAAGAAGAAAGUGUCAGAUUAAAUACAGUUAAUGAGUAACUGACUAGGAAUGUUGACAAUUAAAAGAGAGAGAUUCAGCUAUUGAAAGAUGAGUUAAAUAAUACAAAAAAAUAUUUAGAAGAUCUCAAAGAAGAAAAUGAAUCAUUAAAAAUAGAUUUGACUACUUAGGCAAGCAAAUUUGGUCCUCUUUAACAACUGUAACAGCUUGAUCAUCCAACUUAUCUUAAGACUUUAGGAACUUUGACGAUGAAUUCAUAUAAAAGCAAACUAAAAACACCAAAAGAUCUUGAAAGGGAGUUGAGAGAUAAAAAUGAGUAUGGCGAUGAAGAAGAAGAUGAGGAAGAAGAAUUGAAUAAAACAGAAUAAAUUAGAAGUUUAAACAAAGAAAUAGAAUAGCUAAAAAUAGAAAAAGGUGAAAUAGCUGUGCAUUUAGAAAAGGUUUAAGCUAUGCUUCGUAUUUAAAUUGAAACUGCUUAACAACGUGAAAAGAUUUACUUGGUAGAAAAAGAAGCUUAGGAACUUAAAUAUAAGGCUUUACUGGAAAAGGCUUAAGAGCUUGCAGAAAUAACCGAUAUGAAAGGAUUCUUAUAAGGAGAGUAGAAAUAAGAGUUAGAUCUUUAAAAUGUUCAAUUACAUAGAAAGGGUAACGUGGAUUAUACUGAUAAUGUAUCUGAGUUUUCAGAUGAUGAAGAUACAUAAAUAGAUGAAAGUAAAGGUUAAAAUUUCUUCGAUAUGUGGGUAGGCACAUGCUCUAUAUAUGGAUAAAAUCUUUCUAAAGCUACACAAGGAAGGAUAUCAGAAGAUGAUAAUAUUUUAGUGUUUUCUACUAUUGAUUUCUAUGAUCAUGAAACUUAGACAACUCCUGUUUGCGAAGGUAAAAGCUGCUACUUCAACUUCUAAUGUUCUUACAAAGUGAAUACUAAAGGAGCAUUUUUACAUUAUUUAGAAACUGGUUCUAUUAGAAUAGAAGUAUAUUCAGUUUACCACUAGGAUGCUAUAUUAAUUGGAUAAGCUGAUGUUAAUUUAGAUUUCUUAUUUAAGAACAAUAAGAAAGACAAAAUUUCAGCAGUGCUCAAUCAAAGCAUUUCUUUAACACACCAUGGUAUUGUUACUGGUGAAAUUAGUAUUAAAGCAAGAGUUAGAAGACCAAUUUCAAACCAAAUUCGCUUUUAUAUAGAAAGUAAAAACAAUGAACUAGAAAAGUUAGAAGAACUUGAGCACAAGUAAAAAAUAGCUUAUGAAUAAAACAAACCUUUUGAUGAGCUUGAAGGAUAUUAGGACAAUACUACAAAGAGAAUAUUAGUUAUUGCCAUAGAAAAAGGUCAAGGAUUUGACCCUAAAUCUACUACAUUUGUUUAUUACAGCAUCUAAGGCAAGGAUUACUAUACUAGGUCUAUAUAAGGCUCAUAACCUAUAUACGAUCACCAUUAGAAAAUCGAGAUUACAAACGUUUCUUAAUUCUUAAAUUAAAUUUCUAAAAUACCACUUUAGUUCUACGUAUUCGAUGAUCUAUAGCCUUUUUCAAAUGAAUAACAAGAUAACAAUGAUUGUUUAGGUGUUGCUACUGUGUAACUAGAUGGUUUGAAUAAAAACCAAAUUGUUGAUGCAGUUAUUCCUAUCAAAGACGAAAAGAAAGAGAAGAGAGGAACAAUUUAUGCAAAAAUAUUCUGGUAUGAAUACUAAGAUAAUUUAGAAAUUUAGUCUCGUAUUGGUGAAAAUCUUAUGGCUAAACAGUGGGAAAAAGAAUUUGUGCUAAAAUUAGCAAAGGCAUUAAAAUAAAGACAUUUAAAUACAAGUAAUGGUUUCAUGAUUUUUGAUCGUAACAAUGAUUCAAUUAUAGAUUAAAAUGAAUUUGUUAGCAGUUGCUUGGGUACUUUAAAUAUGACUGAAUUUUCUAGGGAUGAAGUUAUCUAUUUCUAUGAAAAAUAGAGAUAACCUUUCAAUAGAGAUGCAUUUGAGGCUUUAUUGAGACCCUAUUUAAUAGAAGAUAAACAGAGAAUUUAGUAUUUAGAGGAAAUUAAUCUGCUUUAAAAGAACGUAAACAGAAAGGAUGAAGAAGAUUAAUAAUAAGCCUAAUUGUUUAAUUUACAAUAGAUGCAGAAAGAGUAGUUUAUCAAAAAUAAUAUUUAAAUGUAUGAUAAUAGCAAUUAAUCUCUUAAAGAAUUCUUGUAAAAGAAUACAGAAACCCUCCUUGAUUAAUCUAGAAUAGAAGCAAUCAGAGAAAUGGUAUCUGAUAUUAUAAUCAAUGAAAUGAGAACAAGAAGUGCUAUUGAUGUUUUCUCUGAAAUAGAUUCAGAUAACAAUGAUGAAAUUGAUGCAAAUGAAAUGUAGUAAUGGUUAUUAAGAUAUGGUUUAAGAGCAACACCAGAUGAGAUUAGAAAAUUCUUAAAAACAUUUGAUGUCAAUAAUAACAAUACAUUAGACCUUAUUGAGUUUAUGAAGUAUGUACAAAAGGAGUCUAACGCAAGCAGAAUUUUAUACUAUGAGAAAUACCCAAAACUUGAAAGAGCAAACGUAGAUGACAAAUUUGGAAGCUAUAAUUAGAGUACCGUUGUUUCGGAUGAUCAAAUUAUUCACGAUAUAGAAGAAAAAAUAUUCAAAUACAUGAUUGAUAAAAAGCUUAAGAUAUUCGAUUUACACCACCAGAUUGAUAAAGAUAAAAAUAAUUCAUUGGGAAGAUAGGAGCUAAGCACUUUCUUCAAAAAUAAAUUUGGAAUUUAGUUAACAAGAAGAGAUAUGGAUGUUGUUUUCUAGACGUUUGACAAAGAUAAAGACGGAUAAAUUUCAUUAAAAGAAUUUGUUGAGCAUCUUAAAAAUGCAAUAAAUAUAAGAAAAUCUCUUAAGUAAUUAAGAAGUUCAUAACACUAGAGUAACAUAUCUCCUUAAAAGAGUGCUAUAAGACUUGGAGGUGAUGAUGAUGAAUUUAAUAGAACUACUCAAUCUAGAUUCUAAAAAUCUAUUAAAUUUAAAUAAUGA